CCUCCACCAUAACCAUUCAUCUCCCUUUCCUCCUCCCUUUCCUUUGCCUGCCUUUGGCUUCAGGAUCCGCAUCAAUAUUGGAAUCUAGCGCUAGAUGAUAUAUGAGGCUGCCUCCUGCAGCGCUUCCCUUUGCCACAACAAACAAGCAAGCUGCUGCAGUGUGGAUUCACGUCUCCUCACGUGGAGCACUGCUUGUGCGUUGCUGACCUUCCACGAUGAUGCUUGUUGCAGCAAGGAUCUGGGAGUGACGUAGUCUGAUACUGCUCGGUGCAACACGGCUUUGUUGUCGUUGUUUUUGAUAUUGUUGGUGCCUUGCUGCUUCAGUCGUGUGGAAACGAGCCUCUUGAGUUUGUGGUUUGUGUGCAUCGUUGGCUAUUUAUGUGGAUGGUGAUGGAGAGUGACUGAAGGUGCAGAUUCAAAGCAAAGUGUUUUUAUUGUUUGUGAUCGAGCGGGGGGAGAGUGGGAGUUGGAUGUUGAGGGAGAGUCAUAGAUAGGUACAGACGACGAGAAAGAGAAUUGAAGGAGUGAGCUGUGAGGACAAGGGAUUCGUGGGUACAAGGAGAGAAAGAUGCCGGGUCUUCGAUACCAGCUUGGCAUGAGUCCGUCGACGAAUUUCAUGGAGCGCUGUAACGUAAAUGCUCCUGCGUCGCGGAACAUGGGUGGAAUCUCGCGCGACUUGGAGAUGUUGCAGCCUCAGAACAGGCCGCAUGUUUCCGCGCAUUGCUCGAAGGCAUUGCGACGGGCGCAGCCACAGUGGUUGCAGCAGGGAAGCGACGGACGCAGGCUUAGUUUCAAUGAGACCAAGCACUUGAGCAACCCCUCCCUGCUGUCGGACACGAGUUAUGAGAACGAUGAUUUGCAAGCCAUGGUGCAUGACUUCAUCGAGAAUGACUGUGUGCAGUACAUGGAUGGAGUCGAUGGCGAUGUCGCCUCGCAUGGCUUGACGAUCAGUGAAAACCUGCAGAUUUUGACUAAGCCACGCAACUCAGAAGAGCGGGAGCUUCGAGCUGACGUGCAACGUCUAUUAAUGAUGGCAAACGAGGAUACCGACCUGCUUUGUGACCCCAACAGCACCAAUUACAAAACGGAUCGCACCAAGCGGUUCAUUGCGAGGCAAUUGAUGAGCUCUGGUUACAGCGCUUCAGUUUGCAAAUCCAAGUGGGUAAACUCCGGCCACGUGCCUGGAGGCGAGUAUGAGUACAUCGACAUUGUUGUGAAGGGAGAUCAAGGGAUGGAGCGUUUACUGGUGGACAUCAACUUUCAAGCACAGUUCGAGAUCGCAAGGCCUACCCCACAUUACGAAGCAGCUCUGAGGAGUCUUCCCAUUGUGUUCGUAGGCAAUAUAGCCAUCCUGGAGCAAGUUCUGGGGCUCAUGUCGGAGGCUGCAAAAGCGUCUCUGGAGCAAAAUGACAUGCAUCUGCCACCAUGGCGCACACUGGACUAUUUGAAGGCCAAGUGGUUGUCAGAACUGGAGAGGAAACUGGAUGGUAGUGGUGUUCGCUCAGAUCAAAGAGGCUCUUCCAGUCUCCAACGGCGUGACAAUAGGGUUGGGAUCCACAGCGAGGCUAGGCAUUGCCGUGACGAUUUCAGGCAUGCAAAGAUAUCGCUGCUUGCCGAGACGAGUGCAUCAGGACCAUUCGACUUGCAAAGGGCAAGAAACCCCCCUGCAAAUUUACUCCUUAGAGCUGCAGCUUAGUUUCUCUCGCUGCGUGAGGCAAACAUCAGCGCGCACAUUGAGCAUGUCUCCUUUUGUUUUCUGUGCCAAGGAUGGCGCCCAGCAGCCGAUCGACAACCAGUGACACCAACCGCUUUCCAGUUUCAAUUUCUUUGAGUUUCCUGCUUCGCAGCAGAGCAAUCGAUAGGAAGAGCUUGGAACAGGAGUGACGCUUGCAUCGGCUCCGAGUGGGAUGGGCACCUGACGGUGCAAGCUCGCGAGCUUUAUCAGAAUCAUGUAUCUGCCUGAGAGAUUCAUCUGCAUUAGAUAGGCUGUCCAACUUGUUUAAAGGCAACCAAAUUCAGGCAUAGAGAGAAACUUUCCACCGAUGCCUUCCCUGACGAGGUUGAGCAAGUUCAUAUUCCCCCUCCGGCCAAAGCAAAAAAAUGUAACGAGAGAGUGUUGAAGAGAGCGAGUCAGAGUUUUGGAGGAGAAGACCUUUGCGAAGGCUUUAAGUUUGUAAGAAUUAGACUAGUUUUGCAGAUGCUUGCUUUUGAAAGAUGAAGGUGCAGCAUAUACAUAUUGUGUAUUUAGCUCCUCAUGAGCACUUACAAGAAUGGAACUAUUUGCACAUAAAACUCGA